AGUACACGCAGAUUUUACCCUACACAACAAAGAAUGUGACACACAGUCAACAGUAAUGCCACAGCCACUUUUACUCCAUUUGAAUCAUUGUUCAAUCACCGCUAACGCAAUUCAUGGCUACUGAUCUGAACAAGGAGAAUCUACUCGCCAUUUUCGUCUCCCUUUUUGGCACUCUAAUAAUACUCAAUUGUGCAGCUCAAGAAAUAAAUCAGAAUAAUGGUGUGGGAGCUUUUACGGUUGAGCUCCUGCACAGAGACUCCCCAUCUUCACCUCUUCACGACCCUCGUCUCUCUCAAUGGCAUCGCAUUCACGCUGCGUUUCAGAACUCGUUAGCCCGCCGCCUUGAGGUGGAGGAGGACCCUUCGAUUAGAGUCCUCCCAGAUCCUAAAGCGGGCACGUAUCUCGUCAGACUAUCUGUGGGAGCCGCGCCCGCCGUUAAGCUGGCUGUUGCGGAUACCGGCAGCGAUAUGAUAUGGCUGCAAUGCCGGCACCCUUGCAACCGCAUUCAGUGUUCUGGCGAUCAACACAAUGAAUCUCCCAGUUUUAAUCCCAACGCUUCCGUAACUUACAAACCCGUGCACUGUCAGUCCCAGGAAUGCUCCGGCCUGCCCGGUAGCCGGUGUGCCCGGGCGAAUAACACAUGCCUAUACUCUGCCAGGUACAACGAUGGGACAUUUAGUGAAGGUGAAGUUGCAAUGGACACACUCACAUUAGACUUAGCUACCGAGAUGUUCAACUUCCAAACCGGAGAGCUCAAAGGAAGACAGAGCAUGUCCUUCCCGGAUAUCAUUUUCGGGUGCGGCCACACGAAUCACUUCGCGGAUAAUGAUACCCGCAUAUCCGGGAUUGUCGGCCUCGGAUCAUCCCGCUAUUCACUUAUUAAUCAAAUUGGUGGCAACCGAUUUUCAUACUGUUUGGUUCCCUUGUCGCAUUUGAACGUGUCGAGUAAGUUGCAAUUCGGAAGCCAUCCCGCCAUAGUGGUUCGUGACGUGCCCGGGGUGGUUUCCACCCCGCUCAUUUUGAAACCUCCGAGGAUUUUCUAUUACCUGACUUUACUAGGAAUAUCAGUCGGAAACCAAACUGUGGUACCAACAACAGGCGGUAAUCAUCAGCAGCACAGAGGCAACAUUUACAUCGAUUCAGGGACAACAUUUAGCUUCCUGCCAACUGAUAUGUAUUUGGGUCUGGAAGAGACAGUGAAGAGCUCCAUAGGGCAGGAGCCUAUGAAGCCAGACACUAAGAGGAGGUUCUUGAGGUUGUGUUACCAAGGUCUGCAGCCCGAGGAUGUUCCGGUAAUCACAGCCCAUUUUGAAGGUGGUGAUCUGAAGCUGAAUCCAGUUAACAGUUUUGUGAACGUUGGGGAUGGAAUUGGGUGUCUGGCCUUUGCCCCUACUGAGGGUGUCCCUGUUUUUGGGAAUGUGGCGCACACAAAUUUUUUGGUGGAAUAUGAUUUGGAGAAGAUGCUUGUAUCCUUCAUGCCUACUGAUUGUGCCAAAUGGAAGUACUAAGCUGCUAGCCCAUUCACUGGGACCAAAAAGCUAAGAUUGAAAUGAAACGCUCUGUAAUGUUCUAUCUCAAAUGAUUUGCAGGUUUACUUUUAUUAGUAAAUAAAUGAGAUUUCGAAGUUUAUACUGUGAUUAUGCCUUGUACUAUUUCCACUGCUAUAGAACAUGCAUUUCACCGUAUCAUUCAUUCAUCGCCAAAAGGUCAGUUCAAUCUCGUUACAAUAUAUACUCUCUAAUCUCUAUAUGCGUAUAACGAAUGAAGACCCCCUUCAGAUCUCAACUCAAAAACGAACAAUUGAAGGAGAUGGAGGAAACAUGUAUAUACCUAAUUUGUUGUUGACUAUAAUUGCCUACGCUGAUUGAAUUGCUAGCUAGCUAGGUCUUCGGGCCGGCCAAAGGUUUCUCGGAUUCCCCUGAAUACGCGACGGAUAUUUCGUCCGCCUGAGUGGCCGGUUUCCCACAGCCAUCAUUGGCGGUGGCCGCCGGCGACAAUUCGUUCCUCGAGAUCGGCCGUCUAGACAUGUAGGCGGCCCAGCUCCACCGGUAACAGCGUUUGGCGCAGACGUAGAUGAAGGUGACCGACCAAAACAUCCAGGGAGAAGCAAUGAGGACCAACGCCACCGUCUGGAACCAUGGCCGUGAAACGCGCGGCACGAAAACGUGGAGGGCGAGGAAGACCCCGCCGGUGAUCAGGAGGACACAGAACAAUCCUGAUAUCAACGGAACCCUAACGUCGCUUUCCCUUCCCUCCAUUCCGGCAUCUGUUCUCUCUAAUUCUAAUCUCUUCUUCAAUUCGAUCUUUUUUAAAAAAUACAAAAAUGUAUCUAUUGUAGCUUCCUUCGCAACUAACCACAAUGAUCGAGAUUCAAUUCAAACACUUGAUGACUUGAUAUUACAAACUUAACGUAUUUUCCUUUUUUU